AUGAACAAAUCAAAUGAAAACUAUUUUUCAUUGAUUACAUCUAAAAUUCCUGUUGACUUAGCGUUUGAUUUUUUUACUUUAAAUGAUGUACAUCAGUGUUUGGAAUAUCUUACUUUGUGGUACUGUAAAAUUGGCUGUAUUCAAUUAUUUGAUUGUGAUAAAAUUGUAGACUUAAAUACGGUAUUGCAUCAGGAUUUAACAAAUAAAGUAAUUGCAAAACUUCCACAAGUGGAUCAUACUGAUUAUAAACUUCAAAAACAAAUGGAAAAUAGGUUUAACAACAAUCUCAGAAUGUUGUAUACUUUUAGUAUUAAACAAUUUUUAAUUGAUCUAAAAUUACCAAAUGAUUUUGUAAACAUGGCAAGAGUUAUUUGUACAUAUUUAAAAAAAAAUGUACAGUUUUAUUUCAACGUAGCAGUAACAGAAAACUCUUGGGAUUCUUGGAACACUUUUAGAAACAUGACUGGUUAUAGCCUAAAACUUGGUAUUGUAUUGUGUCUCACAAAAUAUAUACCAACUGAUGAUGAGAUAAGUAGAUGGAUUGGUGAACCUGUGCAUGGUUUAUCGAUCAACAUAGACAUUUUUGUUUUAAACAAAAAAGGAUAUCCAGUACUCAGUAAAGAACAUGAAGAUAUUUUGAAAAUUGCAUUACAACAAAAGUGGACCAUAGUUUUAUCAGGCGAUCCAUUACCUAACAUGUUAGAUUAUUUUUAUUACAUCAUGUUUAUCGCUAAGAACACUACCAUAUCAUCUCCAAUGUUUGAAUAUAAUGAUAUUCUACAAUUACCUUUGCAACCACUUAGGGACAACCUAACGUCAUCCAUUUAUCAUGUAUUUGAAUUGGAUCCAGUUAAAUAUACACAAUACCAAAAGGCGAUAUACACGGCAAUCAUUGAAAAGAAGGUUAAAAAAAUUAUUUUAGCUGUUAUUGGUGCUGGUCGAGGUCCUUUGGUUAAAGCUAGUUUAAGAGCUGCAGAUUUAGCAGCUGUAGACAUUAAAGUAUAUGCCGUUGAAAAAAAUGAAAAUGCUAUACCGUCAUUACUGUUAUAUCAAAAAAACAUAUGGGGCAACUCUGUUGAAGUGGUUUUCACUGAUGGACGGGAUUGGGAUCCUCCAGAAAAAUGUGAUAUAAUGGUAUCUGAACUUUUAGGAUCAUUUGGAGACAAUGAAUUGUCACCAGAAUGUCUUGAUGGCGCUCAAAAAUGUCUGAAAGAUGAUGGAAUAAGUAUACCUUGUGAAUAUUCUUCAUAUUUGAGGCCUGUAAUGUCACAUAAAUUAUUUAGUCAAACUAUAAAUAAUAAUAUUACUGAUGAGUCUUGUGCUUCAUCUUCAAAAGUUGCUAGGUUUGAACAAUCCUACAUUGUAUCACAGCAAAACAGUUAUAAACCAACCAAUACUCAAAAGUUGUUUUCAUUUAAACACCCCAAAAAAGUCUUGGAUAGCAAUUCGCGCUAUAAAUGCCUUAAAUUUCAAAUUUCUUCUAAUAUGCAAUUGCACGGUUUUAGUGGCUAUUUUGAUGCGAUAUUAUAUAAAGAUAUUAUAAUAAGUAUAGAACCAUCAACUUACAGUUUUGGUAUGUUCAGUUGGUUUCCUGUCUAUUUUCCAAUUAAGGAUACAAUGCUUGUUAAAUCAGGUAACAUUAUAUCUGUCCAUUUUUGGAGAUGCUGUGAUGAUUCUAAAGUAUGGUAUGAAUGGUGUGUAUCUUCUCCAAAACAAUCAUCAAUCCACAACUGUAGAGGCAAAUCUAGUUCAAUGCAAUUAUAAAACGUACCUAGCGGUUGGUUUACAUUAUUAUUAUUUUUUAAUUUUAAUUUAUUUGAUUUGGCCAAAAAGUAAAAAUUAUUUUACAAAAUUUAAAUUGUAAUUUGAUAUUAUAUUUUGUUAAAUGUAUAAAUUAUAUAUUAUAUUAUGUAAUUUGGUCAGUUAAUUUUUUUAAAUAUUUGAAUUAAAAUUUAUGAUAAGUACCUACAUACUGAUUAAUACCUACUUAUAAUUUAAGGUUUUUUAUUUUAUAACAUAAUGUUUUCCUUGUAAUGUAAAUAUGUACGAUAAAUUUAUGAAUAUUGAAAUUGCUUGUAAUAAAUUUAUUGAAACUCAAUAAUAAUCAUAGUACAGCCA